ACAGGAAGCUUAAGCAGAAAUACGAGUAGUUUGGCCGAAGAAGACGGCGAAAGGAAGUUUGUAAACUGCUGUUGUUUUGUUUUUUUUCAUUCGUAUUGUCAUAUAGUUUAGACAAAGAGAAAAAAAAGAGUCAGUAUGCCCGUUAUAUGUGCGGCAACGGGAUGCAACAAUAAGUUUGUCAAAGGGUCGGAAAUAAGAUUUUACAGGUUUCCUCUGAGCAAGCCUCAACUCGCCAGCAAAUGGGUGACAAGCCUUGGGAUGAAAAACUUCAUCCCAACUGCCAACACUUGCCUCUGUUCGGAGCACUUUAGGCCAGACUGCUUCAGAGACUACAAUGGCAAACAGUUUCUCCGAGAGGAUGCGGUGCCCACCAUAUUCACCCAAGGACAGGAUUCCUCAAAGAUUGAACUGCGUAAAAGAGGAGUAAUCCUAAAGGAGACAAAUGUCGCAAAUCAGAUGACGACACAGGCGGAUAGAGACAGAGCAAAAGAAGCUGCUCUUCGCAGAGACAAAAGAGGAGGAAUGAGGGGUGGACGAGGUGGCCGUGGAGCGAAACAGGUGUCAGACAGGCAGAAUGUUGGAGCCAAAAGCAAAGUGUACGACAACAAAGGCCGACUGCUCUCCAACGGCAAGGACUUGUGUGACUGUUUGGAUGUGGACUGCAUGGGCUGCUUCUACCCGUGCCCUGAAUGUGCAUCUCGCAAGUGCGGCGUCGAGUGCCGCUGUGACAGGAAGUGGCUUUACGAGCAGAUGGAAGUGGAAGGUGGCGAAAUCAUCCGGAACAAGUUUGCCAUUUAGUUUUCAGAUAUUCUUUUGUUUCUCUCUGAUUUCAUACCCAAGUCAGGCUGAUGGACCAUGCAAGACUGUGAUGCACUCUUUAAGAAAUAAUCCGCAAUAUUUAUCAAGUUUUACAAAGGUAACAGAGAAGAAAACACUUUUUUUUUCUUUAAAUAAAGAUUUUUUUUCUCAAUAUUUAAUGUCUGUGCUGUUGAUAUAGUGUAGCAUGCUUAAAUGUUAUUUUUUAAAAAAAGGACUUUCCUGUAGUGUUAUCAGCAGUUUGGUUUGUAAAUGGGGAAAACAUAUGGAGUGUAAUGUAUACAUUGUAUAGUUUGUAUAGAUGAUUGGAGCAUGAAGUCAGUAACAUAUUCAUCAGUGAAUGGGAUGGUGACUUAGUAUCAUCCAAAAGCUAACAGGGUUUUACAGUUAAUCAUAAAGUUAAGGUGACCAAUUUAUUAUAUAUUAAAACACUGCCUAAAUAAAUAAAAAAUAAAGGGAACACUCCGUCAUCUCCCAGGGCGUCUUGUCUUAAUACCUGUCGGGCACACAACAUUUCAUUUAAACAUUUCACUGUUACCAAAGCAGCAGAAACGAACAAUGGUUUAUGUUAUACUGUUCCCUAUAAUUGUUCCCUUAAUUUUCUUUUUCUUUUAGUGUGUAGUUUUAGUUUAUUUGUGAGGGAUGAGUACAGAAAAACAUUAAAGAUUUCAGUAUUUGGAAGUGUGCAGUGUAGAGGAUUACACAGUGACUUAACAAAUAAAAAGGCGCUGGUUCAAUUCCAGGACACAACUCUCCUUUUGGGUUGUGUCAGGGAGGGCUGCUGGUAUUAAAAACUGCUGAAUCAAGCAUGUGGAACUACCUGCUCUGGGCCCUUAUCGCCCUUAUCACAAGAGGUCUGCUGAAUGUAGCUCUGUGUGUGUGUAUGCAUUAUUAAAGAUUGCAAAGAUGACCUGCUGAGGUUCAACGCAGUGCUUUUGCAAUACAAUACUGCAAAUUUACCUGGAAUGUAAAUGUCCCUGUGUCUAAGUCACUGUCUGUUGUUCAGCCAUUUUUCAUAGCAUAUGUCUGAGGUAUAUUUAAAUAAAAAUUUCCAACACAA